UCCUGGUGCCCAGAUGUACCAGAUGCCCAACAACAGCUCCAUCAGCGAGUUCCUCCUCCUGGCGUUGGCAGACACGCGGCAGCUGCAGCUCCUGCACUUCUGGCUCUUGCUGGGCAUCUACCUGGCUGCCCUCCUGGGCAACGGCCUCAUCAGCACAGCCGUAGCCUGCGACCACCGCCUGCACACCCCCAUGUACUUCUUCCUCCUCAACCUCGCCCUCCUCGACCUGGGCUGCAUCUCCACCACUCUCCCCAAAGCCAUGGCCAAUGCCCUCUGGCACACCAGGGCCAUCUCCUACGCAGGAUGUGCUGCACAGCUCUUUUUCUUUGUCUUCUUCAUCUCAGCAGAAUAUUCCCUUCUCACCAUCAUGUCCUAUGACCGCUACGUUGCCAUCUGCAAGCCCCUG